AUGGAUGACACAAAAGCUGAAAUUUCGUUUGACGUUAUUUAUGAUGAUUUACCAUUACCAAUUAGUUUACCAUUGAACGCCACUGUAUUGGAUUUAAAAAAUCAGCUCGAGCAAUAUACUGGGAUACCUUCAAACCAUCAGCUUAUAUUAAAUAUACCUGAUAAUGCUAAAGAUAAUAGUGUAUUAGCCUCAAUAGAUUUAAAGAAUAUUGAAAUGAUUCAAAUACCACCAGAACAACAAAGUUCUGAAAAGCCACAAGAUGUAAAUACAAUGAUUGAAAGAAUAGCUGUUGAUGAUGAUAAUGAUGAUGAUAGUAAUAGUAAUAAUAAUAAUAAUAAUAAUAAUAAUAAUAAUAAUAAUAAUAAUAAUAAUAAAAAUAAUAGUAGUAAUAUUGAAAAUAGUAUAAAUAAUGUUGAAGAUGAUAAUGAUGAUGAUGAUGAUGUUUUUAUGCAAGGAUCGAAUGGUUAUGAAAGAAUAGGUAGUAAUUUACAACAUAACCUACAACACACAACACAUACAUCCACCACAACAAAUAAUGGUAUCACAACAACAACCACCACCACCACUAUAACAACACCCAAUGGUGUACAACAACAACAGCAACAAACAACCUAUUCAACAUACUCAAAUACAGGCUCACCAUUGUUGGUGGGAAAUAACCCUACAGCAGGAUUAACAACUGCAUCUGGUUAUGUUCCAUCUCCUUUUGCAACUAAUUUCUUCCCAGAAACUGACCAAUUGUCAGCACAAAAUUUAAUAGAUUUUUUGGACCAACUUUAUUAUCCAACCUUCUCUAAUGAUAUAUUUCAACAGUAUUCUGUUGUUGUACCAGAUUCAUUUAGUGGAAGUUUCAAAGAUGCCCUUAACUUUGCAAAGAAAAGUGGCAAGUUGGUUUUAACUUAUUUACACAGUGAUAACCAAAUCUCUCUCUCCUUUAUUUUGGAUAUACUAAGGAGUGAGGAGGUUUUAGAAUUCAUUAAAGAAAACUUUGUAUUUUGGGUAGCAAAAAUUACACCAGAGGCUGAAUCUUUCCUAUUUUCAUUGGUACAAUUUGAAAGCUAUCCUAUCGUUGUCACUCUUUCAAAUUUAGGUUCACCAGAGAUAUUGGAAGUAUCUCAAGGUUGUACAGAAAAAGAAGUAUUUUUCCAAAAUAUGGUAAAUCAUUUGACUUCAAACCAAGUAGAUUUAGAUAGAGUUAGAUUAGAAGAAGAGGAAAAUGAUAGAGCCAGAAUGAUUGUUCAAGAACAAGAUGAAGCAUAUGAAGAAUCUUUAAGAGCAGACAAAGAGAAAAAAGAAAAAGCAGAAAAAGAACGUAUUGAUUUUGAAAAUAAAAAGAUUGAAAAGCUUAGUAAAGGUGCUUUGGUUCCUGAAGAGCCAGCAAAAGGACCAAAUUCUACUCAAAUAGUUUUUAAAUUACCAGACGACUCAAAAUUAGAAAGAAGAUUUAAUUCAGAUGAUAAAAUUGAAAUGUUAUGUAAUUACUUAGAUGGUCAAGGAUGUGAAAUAGAUAAUUAUCAAUUCGUUACAAUGUACCCAAAAAAAGUAUUCAAGAAACCAGACUUUAAUCAAACCCUCAAAGAAGCAGGUUUAUCUCCGCAAUCAAUUUUAAAUGUUAGAUCUGCUGAUGAUUAA